UCAAUAUCUGCCGAUGAAUUUAUAAAUCCCUUUAGUUGAUUAUAAAACACAUUUUCACCUCUUCCAAGCAGACGUAUUUUUCGUCAAACGAACACCACUUUAAAAUUGUAACUGGAAUGAAAGCAGGCUUCUGUUUUCUGCGCCAUUGGCUAGUUAAGUGGUGGGGAAGAAGUAUUGCAAGGUAGGAGCCUCAUGGCAAAAUCUGUAUGGUUUCUUCUUCCCUACUACGUUUCUAACUAAUGGCGUAGGUAGCCAAAGCCCCCUCGACUUCGUAAUUUUUAUGUCAUAGUUCGACAAAACUUCGUUUAAAUUAAGUAGCCACGCUGACAAUAGUGAAAUGUAGUAGAUAUAUCAUUCUAUUUUUAUAAUAUUAAUAUUUAAUCAAUUACACCUUAUAGUCAGUUUACGGAUCUGUGCAAACUAUCGACGAAGCAUAUCCAAGGAAAAAAAAGGAGUUGCUCUUUUGUAUAAGAGUUGAAAUCUCUUCCUUCAAGUAAAAAACUUCGUCCUCAGCGAUAUGCCACCAAAGUGCAAAUUUCAGGAAGGUGAAAAGGUUCUAUGCUUCCAUGGUCCACUCAUUUAUGAAGCAAAAUGUUUGAAGUCUUCUGUGACAAAAGAGAAGCAAAUCAAAUAUUUGAUUCACUAUGCAGGAUGGAAUAAGAAUUGGGACGAAUGGGUUCCUGAAAGUCGUGUGCUGAAAUACAAUGACACAAAUGUGCAAAAACAACGUGAAGUACAACGAGCACAUUCCAAUCAGCAACCCACUCAUAAAACUAAAAAAAGCAGUACUACAUCGAAAGCACAAUCUCGCAGAAGUGAGGGUGGCAGAGAGAAGGAUAAUGACAGUAGAGCAAGUACUCCAGUAGCCACUGUAGAAAAAACUAUUGGUCGUCCUAGCAAAAGUACAGGUGGAUCAUUGACACCUUCUUCUCACGACUCAGCAUCGGAUCCUCCACGAAAAAAGCGUAGUCGACUGGAACCUUCAGGAGAAGAAGAAUAUCAUACUAAAGUAGAAAUAAAAAUUAAGAUACCUGAAGAGCUUAAAGCUUUGCUAGUUGAUGACUGGGAGGCCAUUACAAAAAAUAACAAACUACCUCAAUUACCUGUUAGAAGUACAGUUGACAAAAUUUUGGAUGAUUUUGUAGAGUCAAGAGCUCCUGGAAAAGUUAAUGACCCUAGCAGAGAAAGUGCCUUAGAAGUAACAAAAGGUAUUCGCGAGUACUUCAAUACUUCACUGAGUCUACAAUUAUUGUACAAAUGGGAACGACCACAGUAUGCAGAAAUAAUUAAUGAGAAUCCAGAUACAUUGCCUAGCCAACUGUACGGAGCAUUUCAUCUAUUGAGAUUAUUUGUUAAACUUGGUGGUAUGCUAUCAUAUACUCCAUUAGAUGAGAGAAGUAUUCAGUUAUUGCUAACUCAUUUUCAUGAGUUCUUGCAGUAUAUGCAAAAGAACAGUGCAGAUUUAUUUAAUUUACAACAGGACUAUGUGGAAUCUCCCCUGGAAUAUAUUCGUAAGUGUAGUAUUUAAGUAAAAAAAAUAUUCAAGUAUUAUUUACGAGAAUAGUACGUGACAAAACAAAUGUUUGUACUGGAAUGUUGGAUAUCAGUACCAAGUACCUGUCAAUCACGUAUUUCAAGUAUUCACGUUGUGCGCAGUAUUA